AUGUGCUGGGUGCCCUGUGGCUGUUGUAGUGCAAUGGAGCCUCCAAGGGGCCCGAGGAAGCCUCUGUCGUGGAGGAGAGCCAAGUCUCUGGACAGGCUGCAGAACGCCCAGAAGGAUUCAGAGUCGUGGGACUGCCAGGGCCCUUCCCUGCCCACCGGCCCCUUCAGGGAAGGUCUUUGUCGGACGGCCAGUGAUGGGACCAGAUGUCUCAAGAGUCUAGUUCAGUCUGUGGAGGCUCAGGACACCACAGCUGCUGCCCCCAGCCCAGAGGAGACCAAGGACCUUCUCAGUGAGCAGAGGCCUCGGCAGGACGCCAAGAAGGACAAGGCCCAGUGGCAGGCCCCGCAGGGGUGGCUGAGGUUUGUGGUGAACUUAUUCUUCAGGAUGAGCCCUGAGGAGCCCAAGGAAAAGACCAACAAGAAGGCAAAGGGGAAGGAGGGCCCCCCUGAGCCCGCAGAACCCCCCGAGAGCCCGGGAGAGCCAGCUCCCAGGAAGAAGGCCCACAGCAAGAAGGCCAGCCGCAAGAAACACAGUCAAAGGCAACACGGUGUGGAGGAGGCCAGGGGGACCCGAGACCAGGAGUCCGAGAGCCAGGAGGCCAAGGCGGCUGAGGCCUCAUGUGGCGAGGGGGCUAACCUGGGCCCAGCAGCCAGGGAGGAUAUCAUCAUCGAGAAGAUAGUGCAGCUGCUCCAGAAAGUGGGAGACGAGUGGGAGGAAGAGCAGCAUCAAGCCCUUCAGUCUGUGGUGACCCCACGAAACCCAGCACCAGUCAUCAAGAAGAAAUCCCAAGAGAAAAUGUCCAGCCUUAAGAGAGCGUUUUCUUUUAAGAAAUAUGGCUCGGAGGAACCCAAGAGAGCAGGGGCCACCCAUGUUUCCAGCCCAGGGUCCCGGCAGCCCAAGAGGCCCAACUUUCUGCCCCUGUGUGUAGGCGGCCAUCGGCCUUCCAGCUCCAGCCUCCCCGGUGUGGAAGAACCUGAAGUCCAAGAGGCUGUACCUACAGAUGGUGGACAUCCAAGUCUCUUUGAGCUUCGCACCCCAGCAGAAAGUGGGGGACCCGACGAGGACCUGCAGCAGGACAGAGCCGCAGAAUUCAAAGAAUUCGUCCAGAAGAUCAUUGCCCUUCUCCAAGAUGCAGAGGAGCAGUGCAGAGACAAGCAACUUCAAGUCCAAGAGCCGGAGGUGGCUGUAGAAAACUUGGCCCCAGCCUGCAGGAAGAAAUGCCAAGAGAGAAAGUCAAACUUCAGAAAAGCCUUCUGUAAAAAACACAGCUCCAAGGACCCCAAGAGAACGGGGGCUGCAGGUGCUGCCAGCCCAGACUCCCGGCCACCCAAGAAGCCCAGCUUUCUGCCCCUGUGUGUUGGUGGCCAUUGGCCCUCUGACUCCAGCAACUCUGAUCCAGAGGAUCUCGAAUUCCAGGGGUCCCCACCCACAGAAGGGGAGCCAGUUGGAGCCCCAGAAGCACCCUUCCAGGCCAGAAGCCACAAGCCAGAAGCGGGACCUCAGCCGGAUGGAGCAAAUGAAUCCAAGGAGCUGAUCAUCCAAGAGCUGGUGGCCCUUCUCCAAGAAGUGGAUGGCCAGUUGGGAAAGCAGAUCAAGCGACACCCCAGCUUUAAGAAAUUUUUCUACAAACCCUCAGUUUCUUCCCUCAGAAAGCUGGUAGCCACGCUGCGCAGCCAAGGGGCCCACGCCACUGAGCCCAAGAGAACCUACCCAUUUGUCUUUGGCUUGGGAAACCAGGGUCCUGGCAACAAUUACCACACUGUCCGCAGUCUCACAGGCCUACACUACAGGAGACCCAGUUACAGCCAGUUCCCGUACGAGGAGGCCCAGCAGAGCAUCACAAAUUUUCAGAUCCAGAGUCCAGAUUGAAAGCUGUGCUUUGCACUCAAGUUCCCUUGAACUAUGCAAACAUUGAUAGCUUCAGCCAGG